AGGGAAAUGAUUUUUUCUCUUCUUUUUAAAUUAUUUUUUACCUUUGAUUUGUUUCUUGUUAGUUAUUAUAUACUCUCUCUCUCUCCAAAAUCGGUUACAAAUCAAUCAAUAAUUACAAUUUCCUUUAUUCACGCCGCAUUCACUACUCUAGCAUCACACCACAAGAUUCUUCUUCUUCGUCUUCUCCAUUUCUUCUCCAUCUUUCAUUUUUCUAUUCCCUCUUUUGUUUCUCUCUCUAGAAAUGUCUGAGCUGUGCAGUUCCAACUCAAAGCGCCAUUUUUGUAGUAUUUUAAUCUCUGGCGUAACUCACUUAUUCUCCUUCGUUCUCUCUCACCCUCUCUACUUCUCUUACUUUGUUUUCUUCUCUCCUUACAUUCUUAAACUCCUCCACUUUCUCUCUCCUCUUCUCGUCACCAUUUCUCUUCUUCUCCUCGCAUUCGUCAACGAAGCUUUCUGUACAGAAUUAUCCGCCUGUGCUUUCAUGAAACACUGUCCGGACGAAGGGUUUCAGGGCUCCGAUGAUCUUGGAAUGUACGAAAUUCUGUUCGUCCCGUCUGUAAUAAUGGAGGUGGGAGAAAACCCAGUUGAGUUCUUGGAGGAAAAACCGGAAGAAGAUCCCCCGCUUGUUGAAAUUAAGGAAGAUCUCAGCAUUGGUAGUAAAAUCGAAAAUUUCGCGGUGGUUAAUAAGGUGGUGAUAAAUCCAGCAGAUUCUAAUGGCGGUGGUGCUGGAUUAAUGGAGGAAAGGAGAUUGAAGAAUUUCCUGAAAAUUCUCGACGAGUUCGAGAAGAUGGCCUCUGGUGUGGAAGAUAGGAAGAAAAAAGUGGUGGAGCCGCCCACAGUCUGCGCGAAAACCGAUAAAGCGGUUGUCGGAAAAUCCCUUUUGAGAAACGGAUCCGAGGCAGAUGAGAGUAAAGCUGUUGUUAGUAAUGGUGGAAAAGAUCAUCACAAAUCAAUGGUGAAAGAUGAUGAAGAUGAUGUAGAGUGCAAAAAGAUGGCCUCUUUUGUGGAAGAGAGGAAAAAGGACGAGCCGCCACCAAUUGGCGUCGAAGUGUUCGAUAAAUUGCCUGUGAGAAAUGGAUCUGAUGCAAAGGAGAGUAAAGUAAGUGUUAAGAGCUUUGCGAAUUGUAACAAUAGUGGAAAAGAUGAUAAAAAAUCAAUUGUGAAAGCUCAUUCUCAGAGAAUUAGUUCGGAUAAUAAUAAUCUCGGGAAUUACGGAUCGAUGAGGAAGGAGAAAGAAUGGAAAAGGACAUUGGCAUGCAAAUUAUUCGAAGAGAGGCACAAUGUGGAUGGUGGUGAAGGAAUGGACUCGUUAUGGGAGGCUUACGAAAUCAAUUCGAGUAAUGGGUCGGCGAAAAAGACCAACGGAAACAAGAAUUUGAAGAAGAACGAAAACAAGAGUUUGAAGAAGAAGAAGAAGAGCGAAAUCGAAAUCGAAAUAGAAGAAGAUGAAGAAGAAGGGAUUAAUAAUGGGCAGUUGUGUUGUUUGCAGGCACUGAAUUUGUCAACAAAGAAGAUGAAUUUGGGGAUUGGAAGACCUAAUCUUGUCAAGAUUUCAAAGGCAAUUAAAGGGAUUGGUUGGUUGCAUCAUGUCAGCAAGAAGGUGCAUAAUAAUAAUGGAGAUAGAUAUUAAUUUAUUAUAUGUAAAAAUAAAAAAAGAAAAAAAAAAGUUUACUGUGUUUUUUUAUUUCAAGAAGUUGCUUUUUAACAAGUAAUUAAUUGUGUAUGGUUUUUGUAUGAUUUGUAAGUUAACAACGUUGUUGAUUUUAUAUAUAUAAUAUAACUCGUGAAAUUCUGCCA